AUGAAGUUUGAGGACUUCAAGACGUGUUCUCAGUCGGGUUUUUGUCGUAGAAACAGAGCUUAUGCCGACGAAGCAACAGUGGCCUCUUCCCCUUAUACCUUAUUGACAGACUCUGUUCAGCUCUUACAAAAUAAAGUCUAUGCAGACAUUAAAAAUACAGAAACAGACGCUCUCUUGACUCUGGAGCUGCAUAUCCUACAAGACGCCACAGCACGCGUCCGUAUCAAUGAAAAAUCACCUAUCAAGCCGCGUUACGAUGAACACAGCAAGUACACAUUGGUAAGCGAACCCGUUUCUCAAGAUGCACUAUCCAUGACCAGGACGAAACAAAACAAUAUCGAGAUUCAAUUGGACAGUACACGUAAAAUCGUGAUUCAUCCUCAACCUGUCCAGAUUCAGUUUUUGGUCAAUCAUCAGCCUAUGAUUACACUGAAUGACCGUGGAUUUUUCAACUUUGAGCAUUUACGUACAAAAGAAACACAUAAGCCAAAGAUGAUUGAGAAAAAGAACGAAGACGGUACUGUGUCUACUGAAGAAGCAGAGUCAGAAAAGGAUCUUUGGGAAGAAACUUUCAAGACAUGGACAGAUCCUAAGCCCAAUGGCCCUGAAUCUGUAGCUAUGGAUGUCACUUUCCAUGGCUUUCCUCACGUUUAUGGUAUUCCUGAACAUGCAUCCAGUCUUGCAUUAAAAGAAACACGCGGGGGUGAAAAUGCUUAUACCGAUCCUUACAGACUUUAUAAUACCGACGUAUUUGAAUAUGCACUCGAUAGUCCUACUGCUCUUUAUGGUGCUGUGCCUUUGAUGAUAGCUCAUAAAAAGGGUUUAUCUGCAGGUAUCUUUUGGAUGAAUCCCUCUGAAACUUGGAUUGAUAUUGUCAAGCACAACAAAGCUGAUGACAAAAAUGCUGUUCAAAAGGUACUUGGUCUCAACAAGCAUCAAGAAACCUCAACGCAAACACACUGGAUUUCAGAAGCUGGUGUGCUUGAUGUAUUUGUGUUUUUUGGUCCUUCUUCAAAAGAUGUCCUUCGUCAAUACACUCGGUUGACAGGCACACCUGCUAUGCCUCAAAUGUUUGCUGUAGGUUAUCAUCAAUGUCGUUGGAACUAUAUCAAUCAAAGAGAUGUAUUAGAAGUAGACAAACAGUUUGAUGAAAACGAUAUGCCUUACGAUGUGAUCUGGCUUGACCUUGAAUACACAGAUGACAAGAAAUACUUUAUGUGGGAUCAAGCUAAAUUCCCUGAUCCCAUUCGCAUGGAAGAAGCAUUAGAUACCAAGGGCCGUAAAUUAGUCACUUUGAUUGACCCUCAUAUCAAGCGUGCUGAUAAUUACCGUGUCUGUGAAGAAGCCAAGUCCAAGAGUUUGUUUGUCAAACAAGCUGAUGGUAAUGACUAUGAAGCUUGGUGCUGGCCUGGUCAAUCGUCUUGGGUUGAUUUCCUUCACAAACCUUCUUACGAUUGGUGGAAGCAACAGUUCAAGUUUGACAAAUUCAAGGGCACAAGAGACAAUGUGUACAUCUGGAACGAUAUGAACGAACCCUCUAUUUUCAAUGGUCCCGAAAUCACGAUUCAAAAAGAAAUGAUGCAUGAUGGUCGAUGGGAGAACCGUGUCUUACAUAAUCUGUAUGCUGUCUUGUCACACACAGCUACUUCAGAAGGUGUUCGUGAACGUACAGAGGUACAAAAGCGUCCAUUUGUCUUGGGCCGUGGCUAUUAUGCUGGUGUUCAGCGUGCAGGCCCUAUCUGGACAGGUGAUAAUAUGGCGAACUGGGAAUCCCUUAAGUACUCUAACCCAAUGAUUUUGUCCAACAGUAUUGCCGGUGUCGCCUUCAAUGGUGCUGAUGUUCCUGGUUUCUUUGGCAAUCCUGAACCUGAGUUGUUAACAAGAUGGUAUCAAGCGGGUGCUUUCCAACCCUUUUUCCGUGCCCAUGCUCAUAUUGAUACAAAGCGCCGUGAGCCUUAUCUCUCUGCUGAACCUUACAAGUCCAUUACCCGUGCCACGUUGCGUGAACGUUAUGCUUUGUUGUCUUACUGGUACACCUUGUUCUAUGAUGCUUACAAGACAGGUACGCCCAUGAUGCGUCCUAUGUUUAUGGAAUUCCCAGAUGAUGAACAAGUCUGGACUAUGGAAGAUCAAUUCAUGGUAGGCAGUGCUCUUCUUGUCAAGCCCGUGACAACUGAAGGUGCUGUCAAGGCGGAUGUUUAUUUCCCUACAGAGCAAUUAUGGUACGAUUACAAGACGCAUCAAAAAAUACAACAUACUGGCUGGCAUACAGUUGAAGCUCCUCUUGAUACUAUUCCUGUCUAUUACCAAGGUGGUCAUAUUGUACCUCGUCGUGAACGUAUUCGUCGUAGCUCGGCUGCCAUGCGACUUGACCCAUUCACACUUGUGAUUGCUCAAGACAAACAAGGUGAUGCUCAUGGUGCUUUGUAUCUCGAUGACGAAGAGACCUAUGAUUUCGAAAAAGGUGCUUAUGCCCAUACUGCUUUUGAUUACCAUCAAGGCAGUUUGACGUGUCAAAGCAUGCAUGAAGACGGCAAUGUAUUUGCUAAAUCAAAAGAAAAGAUUCGUGUGGAGCGUAUCCAUAUCUUGGGCUCCAAGAAACCUGCCGGUGUCAAGGUUGUUCAACAAGGUACAUCUGUUGAAGCAGACUAUACGUUCGAUGGUCAAACAAUCACAAUCAAGAAUCCCAAUGUGUCUGUCAUUCAAUGUGGUUGGUCUAUUGUGGUUUAUUAA